AUGCAAUGUCCUAAGAAUGAUUUGGAACGUAAAGAGAUUUCCAUAUGUGUCAAUGGUUGGGAGCUUAAAAAAGCUGCAAAGAAAGUACUUAGGUAUUUACAAGGCACUAAGGAUCAUACUAAGGAUCAUAUACUCACUUAUAGAAAGUCCAGCCAUCUAGAAGUGGUGGGAUACUCGGAUUCAGACUAUGCUGGUUGUGUAGAUUCGAGAAUGUCUACAUUUGGCUACUUGUUUCUCCUAGAUGGAGGAGCAGUAUCAUGGAAAAGUGGAAAGCAGUCUGUCAUUGCUACUUCCGCAAUAGAGGUUGAAUUUGUGGCAUGCUUUGAGGCCAUUGUUCAUGCAUUGUGGUUGCGGAACUUUGUCUCAGGUGUAGGUAUUGUCCACAGUAUAGCUAGACCGUUGAGAAUUUACUGUGAUAAUUCCGCAGCUAUCUUCUUCUCUAAGAAUGAUAGGUACUCUAAGGGUGCAAAGGCAAAGCACAUGGAUUUAAAGUAG